AUGCGUUUGACUCAAAGCACAGACGCCCACCUAUCCGCUCUCUCCGACUCACUUUCCACCGAGCGCUUCAAGAUGGCGGCCGCUUCAUCCAUCCAGCCGCCGAGCGUGCACGCGAUAAAGCGGGAAAAUUCACCUCACCCGGAGUCCGACAGCCCCGUGAGCCGACAGGACGAGGACGCAGCAUCCGAGGGGCUCACCAUCCUCAGAGAUCUACCGGAACUUGAUCCCGAGGAAAUCGAGAAACGGCUGGAGAAAACUCGCAGAGAGCUGAGCAACAGGAGGAAGAUCCUUAUUAAGAACCUGCCACAGGAUACAACCAACCAGGAGGUCCAUGAAAUUCUACGCGAGUACGAGCUCAAAUACUGUUUUGUGGACCGGAACAAAGGAACAGCCUUCGUAACCCUUCUAAAUGGUGACCAGGCACAGGAUGCCAUCCGAACUCUGCACCAGACAUCAGUCCGAGGCCGUGACAUCACCGUCCAGCUUCAGCCCACGGACUCUCUCCUGUGUGUCACCAACCUGCCCUACACAGUCACUGCCAGCCAGUUUCAGGAGCUGGUGCGCUCCUACGGCAACAUUGAACGAUGUUUCCUGGUGUACAGCGACCUUACGGGCCACUCCAAAGGCUACGGCUUUGUGGAGUACAUGAAGAAGGACUCGGCCUCCAGGGCACGAUCAGAACUCUUGGGCAAACCACUGGGCGACCGUGCACUCAUGGUGCAAUGGGCUGACGUCAACCAGCUGACCUCUGCUGACCACCUCCACUCCAAGUGCCUAUGCGUGGAUCGCCUGCCGCUAGACUUUGAAGACUCGGAGGAGCUGGCGCACAUUUUUUCAGAAAGCUACAAACCCGUCUUCUGCCAGCUGGCUCAGGAUGAGGGAAGUCCGGUGCGGGGUUUCGCUGUCGUGGAGUAUGAGACGGCGGAGCAGGCUGAAGCCAUGCUGCUGGAGAUGGAUAGACAGCUGAUCCAGGGUCAGGAGAUACGUCUGUCUCUUUGUCCACCAGGAACCUCUGGACGCAGCACUCUCGCCGCCCUCAUCGCUGCUCAGGGUGUGAUGUUGAGCAGUAAGAAAGGUUUACUGCCUGAACCCAGUCUGGCCCAAUUCUUCAACAGUAUGACCAAUCCUGCUGCUCUCCAAGUCCUAAUGAGACCCUACCCUACCGCCAAACGUGGAGGAAAGUUCGGUCGACCUCACAAUCUUCCUUUCCUGCGUCCACCAUUGACUGCAGCGCUGCUACAGUUAGGAAAAGCACAGCAGAGUGCCAUUCUAGGAAAUGGUCUUGUUCUCCAGAAUCUUCUUCACAUGCAGAUGGCCCAGCAACAGCUCUUACAGAUCAAAGACAAGCAGAUCACUAAUCUCCCAGGUCUUUUAGGCGACCCUUCCCGGCUGCUCCUGCAAAAAGUUCUGGGUCUUCGAACUCCGGCGGUGGUUCCUCUGGGGAAGGGGUUGCUGGGAGAUUCUCCCACAGAGUUGGGCCAAGACUCUUCUCCGCUCACGUCCCAGGGUGGAAACUCUGGGGCUGGAAUGGUGUCACAUGUACCUGGACGUUCACAUGCGAGUUCCAUCGCCGAGCAGAAUGGAGUCACUGCGACAUGCCUGGCUCCGGAGAAACAGCCUGCACCUCCAGGAACCACAGGUGGCUCUGUAAGCUCCCAAACCCAACUGCAAAACUUCCUCCCUGGAAUUAACGCACCAAGUCUGGGACCUUUGCUGGGGAGUACAACACACAAAACUCCAGCAAACCACCACAGUUCAAGUGUGCAGACUAGUACAUCUGUUACAAGUCAGUCCAGUUGUCAGAUGUCUCUGUUGGGAGACCCCCCUAAAGAAGUGAAGUUGCCUUCCAACCCAUAUCUAAACCUGGCUAGUGUGCUUCCUGGAGUGGUACUACAAGCACCCUGCAACAGUAAACCUCAGACUGUGCAGGCGCACACUGGGACGUACAGUGCAGUCCUGCCACCUGCCACCCACCCAUCCAGUCAAUACAGCGCAGAAACCACUCCUGCAGAAUACACUCAGCAAUACACGCAGGAGGCCAUGCAGCAGUGGUACCAACACUACCAUGCACAGAACUAUGGCAACUCUAGCCAAGAGACAGCUGCAGUUACUGAAUGCACAAAAGAGCAACCUCAGGUGGUGGUCACCUCCUCAUACGGAGACUACAGUUCCUACAUGCAUGCUGUCAGUCAGUACUAUUCUCAGACGCAGAUGAGCCAGACAGCUGCUCAAGUCUACCAGCACCGAGAUGUCAGCAAGGAGGUGGAGGUGGUGAAGACCCCCUUGAGUGGGCCUCUGCACACCUCUCUGAACGGCACUGCUCAGACCCUGCUGCCCACCUACAGUGCCCUACCCAUCAUGCCUAGCUUCAUCACACCAACUCACACGCACACGCACGUGCCCAGUCCUGCCGCGCACACACCCGCUGCACCCUCAGCCACCGACUGGAACAACUACUAUUAUAGUCAGGCUAGAGGGCAGAAGCGAGAAUACCCCACACUGCCGACACAGGAAGUGACAUCAGAGGGGCCGUAUGUAGGCCAGCACUCACAGGGUCUUGGGGGCCAGUACGCCGACUACUUCAAGAAGAAGAGGAUCUAACUCAUAUGUUGCCGUUGUCAUGUCCAGGCCUUAACUUUUAGUCUAUUACUGAUAUUUAUGAAAAGACUGUACAAUUUAUUGUGCGUAAGGAGGUUUAUUCCUCUUCUUGAACUGUGUGUGGAUCUGGGUACUGUUGUUAUUUCUGUCCGACGCCAGGCGGGACCUCUUAAGAUUGCUCUGACUCUGUCCCAAAUGAUGCAUUAAGAUAAUUGAUAUAUCUCUUUUUCUGUUCUGCCUGUUUACCUCGCCCCCAGGCGGGACGUACCAUUCCACUCCAGAGGGGGGGUUUAUGUGUCCGUGUUUUACUGUACAAACGGUUAAGGGCUGAUAAAGAUUGAGCUACACUCAGAGAAUAACAUUUUUCAAAGAAUUUUUUUUUCUGACAGGGU